CAAAGACCGACCAACAGACAGACAGACAGCUGGCGAGACGCAGCCUGGGGGACACAGCUGCUUCUGGACCCCAGAAGCCAGAAUGAACUCAGAAGCUGCCAGCGGUUAGGACAGGGUCUACAUGGGUCCCCAACUGCCUCCAACGCUGUGAGAGGCCUUAAACCUCUCAUGUCAGAGAAGGCCUGGCCUUGAGGUGAAGCUCAUGGCUGAGUGAGCCUCCCCUGGGCCCAGCCCCCCCAACCCCAGCAUGGUCCAGGACCGUGGGGGGUGCUCCAGAGCACAGCUGCCGACCUGCUCCUUAGGAGCAGCCAUGACCCAGCCUCCACCCACCAAAGCACCAGCCAAGAAGCAUGUGCGGCUGCAGGAGAGACGGGGCUCCAAUGUGGCUUUGAUGCUGGAUGUGCGGUCCCUGGGGGCUGUGGAGCCCAUUUGCUCAGUGAACACACCCCGGGAGGUCACCCUACACUUUCUGCGCACAGCUGGACACCCCCUCACCCGCUGGGCCCUGCAGCACCAACCGCCCAGCCCCAAGCAGCUAGAAGAGGAAUUCUUGAAGAUCCCCUCAAACUUUGUCAGUCCUGAAGAUCUGGAUAUUCCUGGCCACGCCUCCAAGGACCGAUAUAAGACCAUCUUGCCAAAUCCCCAGAGCCGUGUCUGUCUAGGCCGGGCACAGAGCCAAGAAGACGGAGACUACAUCAACGCCAACUAUAUCCGAGGCUAUGACGGGCAGGAGAAGGUCUACAUUGCGACCCAGGGCCCCAUGCCCAACACCGUAUUGGACUUCUGGGAGAUGGUGUGGCAGGAAGAAGUGUCACUCAUUGUCAUGCUUACUCAGCUCCGAGAGGGCAAGGAGAAAUGUGUCCACUACUGGCCCACAGAAAAGGAAACCUACGGACCCUUCCGGAUCCACAUCCAAGACACAAAAGAGUGUCCAGAAUACACUGUGCGGCAGCUCACCAUCCAGCACCAGGAGGAGUGCCGGGUAGUGAAGCACAUCCUCUUCUCGGCCUGGCCUGACCACCAGACCCCAGAAUCAGCUGGGCCCCUGCUGCGCUUGGUGGCUGAGGUGGAGGAAAGCCCAGAGACAGCUGCCAACACCGGACCCAUCGUGGUCCACUGCAGUGCAGGGAUUGGCCGGACUGGCUGCUUCAUUGCCACCCGAAUUGGCUGUCAACAGCUGAAGGCCCGAGGGGAAGUGGACAUUCUGGGUAUCGUGUGUCAACUGCGGCUGGACAGGGGCGGAAUGAUCCAGACCACGGAGCAGUACCAGUUCCUGCACCACACCCUGGCUCUGUAUGCAGCCCAGCUGCCAGAGGAGCCCUGCCCCUGACCCCUGGCACCCUCCACCAGCCCAGGUGCCACAUUCUCCCAUGCCUAGGCAGAUGUUUCUGGGCCUUUGAUCUGAGGGACCCCUGGGGCACGGGGAAGGAGUGCCUCCUCAGCGGGUGCGUGAAGUCACAGGAAGUUGCCUCAGCAAGAACUGGGACCAGACUCCGGGUCUUUGCCUCUGGCCACUCUUCUGCUUCGUCUAGUAGCCCUGAGUGGACACUUGGGGGGACCUCCCGUGUCUCUCUGAACUUCAAGCUAGGAACUGGCAUUUAUGAGAGAGCUGAGAAAGGAUCAGUGUCCCCGUCUUGUCUAAAGUGCUCUGUGAGCUUCAUCUCUCCGUCUAUGACAUGGACAUUAAGUGCUUUGCUGCCAUAGGGAAAAGUAAUCAGAGAAGCUCCUAGAAGCCACUCCAGCUAUAUCCCCUUCCUGAGGCUGGCAAGAGAGUGACCCCAAGAUCAUCUUCCACCUGGGCCCUUCCCAAGAACCAGCCAGAUGCAGGAGCUGGGAAAAGUCUCGUCCUGACCAUGGCCAAGUUCUCAGCAUCCCAGCAGUGACUUUCUGCUUCUUUGCCCCAUAUCUGUGAGGGCUGGAUAUCUGCCAAAGAGAACAAGGACCUAGACUAGACUUGUGCCCACACCCAUGUCCUGGGAUCAGGCUACAUAGGUGACCAAGCCAGGCAUUUGAAACCUUUGGAGGAGGGAAAGUAUGGUGACCCCUCAGAGGCCCAGCGGGCUGCUCCUGCUUCUGUAGUUGCCAGCCACUCACCCCAGCUACUCCCUAGGGAGGUCCAGCAACUUCUGUCUUCCUUUCAUGACCUCAGAAGAUACCCUGUGUACCAAGAGGUACAAAAGAAUGGUGACAAAGAAACAAGAGCUUGGCCUGAUCUUAGAAAACCAGCCCCCUGUCCCCCGCCACCCACCCUCUGCAUUUGCCGAGUACAGCUGGAGAGCCUGGCUGUCUCCAUGAACCAUCUGGGUGAAGCAGCUCACGCAGACCUGGGGCCUCAGACUGGGACCACAGAGCUGGGACCUCAGAGUCUCUCCCAGAGAACUGACUCCUUUCAUCAUCUUGGGACCCAUACAAUUUCCAGGGCACCCAAGAUCUAUCUCAGGGCUCACCUACACUCCCCAGGAAGGCAUCCAGAGCCUUUGUCCUUGAAUCCAAAAUGGGCUGCCUAUGGGGAUAAAGAAAGGCACCAUCUCUCCAGGGACCCAGCCCCUGGGGUCUGCCUUGGCUGAGGCUAGCUCUCUGGAGAACUCCCCAACGAGCAGGACCCUGGAGAGCGGCUGGACCCCUUUAUUCAUGACAUCUCUUCUGAAGCACAUGCAAGGUUGAAACUGAGGCUAAUUUUCUUAACAAUUCUGCUUGGUCUCACACUGGAAUUCCUCCUUCCUUACUGUCCAGGGAAUGGGCUCACCUGCACCCACACUUCUGCUAAGCCCUUUGGGAGGCACUCACAGCCUGUGCCCAUGAAGGAGGGCACAGAGUUCUCAAGUGCCUGAUCCCACCCUGAGCACAGACCCAACCGGGAGGGAAGCAACUGGGUGGCCCUAGACCCACAGGCUCCCCACCCUGGCAGUGUGGCCUCAACCCCAUUCUAGAACUUAGGGAAUACAAGUUCUGGAAGAGGAAUCAAGUGGUAGAAUAAAGACUUUUUGGAUGACUGAUUCA